AUGUUGCUUCGCAAGCUUGGACAAGUCCUGGCCGCGACAGCAGCUCUGUUUCCUGUCGCCUUCGCGAAAGACAAAGAUGAUGUCGGCCAAUCCACAUUUGUCUCCCCAGAUGGCGACGUAGCAUUCGCCAUUGACAUUGGCGACAACCUCAACACCGAAGUUUACCUCAGUCUCCGUGUCAAGAUAGACCGAUCCUGGGGCGCCGUUGGCCUUGGAAGCGAGGACAUGCCCGGAGCAUUGUUUCUGAUGGUCUACAAGAACCGAGACAACAACAACGUCACAUUUUCCCCACGGCUCGCCUACGGACACUACGAACCCUACUUCUGGGAUGAGCUGGAUUACGAUGUACUUGACGGUACGGGAAUCAUCGACGAUCACAUGGUUGUGACAAUUCGCUGCAAGAGUGGAUGUCGCAGUUGGCCUUCGCAUGGUGGACAGAGAGGAUACCUGGAUGUUUCCGAGCACAACAGCCAGGCCAUCUUUGGCUUUGGGCCCAAGGAAGACUUUUACAGCGAUGAACAGGAUGCGCCUCUCAAGUACCACGCGGGAUACGGUAGCUUCUCUAUCGAUAUCGGAAGGACGGAGGGCAAGUCUGAACUACCGUCCCUUAGCGAUUCGACAAAGAAUGUUGGAUCCAAGCUUGUCUAUUCCAAGAAGGCCAAGCCCAACUGGGCGUCGCCACUGCACGGAGUAUUCAUGGUCUUAUCCAUCGUUUUCCUCAUGCCAGUUGGAGUUGUCCUUCUGAGGUCCGGUGGUUGGGUCAAGUGGCACGCUCUCAACCAGACCAUUGCGACUAUUGGGGUUCUCGCCGGUUUCGGAAUCGGUAUUGCCAACAGUUUCUACUACCAAAGGUCUCGAAGCUUUGAUGAUCCUCAUCAAAUCGUUGGAUUCGUUGUUACUGGUCUAUUGCUUGGACAGUUUGGACUGGGAAUAAUGCACCACACCCAAUACAAGAAGACACAAACCCCGACCAGGUACGGCAAGAUCCAUCUCUGGGUUGGCCGUGUUAUUCUCUUCCUGGGUACCUUGAACGCAUUCCUCGGCUUCACAUUCGCUCUCAACCGAAGAUUCGGCAUGCUCCUCGCCCUUCUCAUCUUCUUCAUCUGCAUAAGCAGUCUCAUCCUAAUCUAUGGCCGUCAAUACUUAGACAAGCGACGUCGCGGCCCUCGCGGUCCCGGUCUUGCAAACCCUCAACCAUACGGCCAUGCGCCUUGGCGAGAGCCUCCUCCUCAGCACAUGAGCGGUUAUCCAUCCGAUCCUCCACCAGGAUACCAGCCUCCGUCAAACCAGGCUGGACUUGGCGGGCAAAUGUCGCCUGCCAUGCGUUCGCCGUCUCCCUGGCGAUCAACCGACAAGGAUGAUGACGCAGAUUUGGAUAUGGGACGUGAGCAGCGACCGAGGGAGUUUUAA